UUCCUCUUUUCGCGGUUGCUCGUUUCGCUGUAUCAUAUUGUUUUGUGUGUAAUUCCGGCACAAACUCACUGAGUCGGUGAGCGCUGGUUUGCGGUCUCGAAGUGCAAGGCAUCUCAACAGGCUCCACCCUAACUCCCGCCGUCUCCUGAGCUGCUUAUACUCAACUGAUGCGGGAUCCAAGCAAACCGACCGGAAUUCACUCGUUUAGAUUGAUUUUGCUGGAGGGGAGGCAAUUGGGCGUAUCUCGCACCUCGAACGCGGUCUCUCCGAUAGUCAUUACUAUCAUUCGUCGGAGGUAACCUCACGGCGCAUCUCUAGCCACCCGGUUUUCAGACUGUUUGACUGCCACCUGGCGGAAUACGUCUUACAUGGCUUCCUCCGAAGUCGACCAGAAGUUUCUCGGCAAACUUGCCAAGGCGGUUGAAAACGACAAUCCCCUCCUCGCGUCGGUUCUGUUCAGGAUCCUAGGCCUUUCCAUCAAUCUCUCGAACCAACUGAUCAAAGCACGGAAGCAGCGAAGACAGGAUGGUGUUCAGUCAGCAGAGGCGUUGGAUUUGAUCUGCCACAUCAUCUGGCUGUCACGCGAAGGACUGGUCUUGCUGCAGCAAUACGUUCUGCCUAUGGUUGGGAACUAUGUCGAGCUGAAGGUCCUAGCGUACAAACUGCGCGCUUCCUUCUAUCACAUCUUUGUCCUUUUCCACAACACCCCGCCAGUAUCGACCAUGAGCGUCAUCAACACGCCUGAGGGUCAGUCCACAUCGUCCGUAUCAGGUUUCCCGUCAACGCGGGUCGACAAAGGGAAGGGGAUUGCGAGAGAUGACCAGGGUGGGCUUAAGUCCAAGGGUGGCCCGGUAGGCCCUCCCCCAGGGUUCGGACCGGCACCACCUACAGCGUUUCUGAUGAAGCCUGGGGAUUAUUUACCGGAAGCACACCAAUACUUCCGUGAGGCCGUCCAGCUUGCUGAGGAGUUGUUAUGGGGGUCACACUCGCUCCGCCUCUCGGUCAAGACCGAGUACGCCGCCUUUCUCUACGAGUGCGUUCACGACGCCGAGGGCAGCCGUAAGUUGGCAAAGGACACCAUUGCGGAGGUUUACGAGGCCACCGAGGGCAUCGACAACGACAUGUUUAACGAUGCCUGCGAGUUGGUGACGGUGCUGGGGAAGAUGAUGAAGCGGGGACUUGGAUCGAACAAAGGCUCGAGUCCGGGCACACAAGGGACACUACGGGUCGACGACGCCGAGAGAAGUGUACCGCCGGGGAUGAUAUAGCGCUAGCGAGCAGCCGCGAUCGGGCCCAGACACCGACCAGCUUCAAGCGCCUCACGUUCCUGACGGCCUCGCAUGUUUCGAGCCUCAUCUUCUCGGCAUAGUCACCCUUCGCGCGGCCGCAUCAAGGCUCGCGCUAUAAAAGAAGCCGCAGCACAUGCGUACGAAGAAGCACUGGAACUUCCGCGCCUUCCACGGCAGCGACCAGCAGAAUAAUCCAGCCGUUCAGCCCUUUUGUUCCUCGCAGCUCCAACUUGCCAGGCAACAUCCACUGCUGCGAGUUCGACUGGCCGCCGCUCGUCUCACGGCACCUUUUUCAUACACGCCAGCCGC